UUCAAAUCCAGUCACAGUGACGAAACGACACGAAUUGAAGACAAAAGAGUCAAACAUAAAUGAUAGAUACAUAGAUUUUUUCAUUCAGAGUUUAGUCAAAUGCUUCGUUCACGGCGGCGCUCCCCUUACGGCGCCUACCUCUGCGCCGUGAUCUCCGCCGUGCUCCUCCUCUUCUCCGUCUCCCUCCUCUACUCCCGCCUCUCCCGCUCCCACCCCCACUCCCACCACCUCCCCCGUCCCUCCCUCGUUUCCCACUCCACCUCCGCCGACAUCUCCAUCGCCUCCUCCGACGACCCCAUCGACGAGCUCGACUUCAUCGACGAAACCCUAGAUCCCCCCUCCCUCCGCCUCAACCCUCCCCCCUACCACCUCUUCUUCGAUCCCCUCUCCGCCUCCCUCCGCCGCUCCUUCCACCACCGUCACUCCGACAACAACAAUAAUUUCCCCUUCCAAUCCUUCUCCGAUAAUGAUGACCGUUCCAAAACCGCAUUCGCCUCCGACGACGUUCCCGUGGACUUCACCGUCCGUUCCAUGGCGGCGCGUGUGGCCACAAUCGACGACGCGCUGCUGCUCAAAACCUCUCCCUUAAGAGAAGGAUGGAGCGACUGGUUCGACAAGAAGAGUGUGUUUUUAAGAAAGGAUAGAAUGUUCAGAUCCAACUUCGACGUGCUUAACCCUCUCAACAACCCCUUGCUUCAAGAUCCCGACGCCGGCGCCGCCACCACCGGACUCACCAGGGGGGACAGAAUUGUCCAGAAGUGGUGGAUCCAUGAGUUCAAGAAAGUUCCAUUCCCUGGUAUCAAGAAGAAGGCUCCUCUUAAUGUCAAUGUCAACACUCUCACCAAAGUUGGCAUAGAACGCAGAACUUUGAAUCAUAACCACAACAACAAUGAUGAUGAUAAUAAUAAUAAUGAGAUUAUUAAAGAAGUUGUAAAUUCUGGUAGCAAUGGUGGUGAAUCGAGCAUUCAGAAAGAUGUUGAUGUUAUUGGUGCUGAUAGAGGUGUGUCUGUGAAGAAUCAUGUUGUAAAUUCUGGUAGCAAUGGUGGUGAAUCGAGCAUUGAGAAAGAUGUUGAUGUUGUUGGUGCUGCUAGGGGUGUGUCUGUGAAGAAUCAUGUGUAUGCAGAUGGGGAUACUUGGGGCUACUACCCUGGAUUGCCGCGGCUGCGAUUGUCGUUCAGUGAUUUCAUGGAUGAGUUUUUCAGGCUGGGGAAAUGUGUUACUAGAGUGUUUAUGGUGUGGAAUUCGCCACCUUGGAUGUACACUGUUCGGCAUCAGCGUGGUCUCGAGAGUUUGCUCUUUCAUCACCCCGAUGCUUGUGUUGUUGUGUUCUCCGAGACGGUGGAACUUGAUUUCUUCAAGGACAGCUUUGUUAAGGAUGGGUACAAAGUUGCUGUUGCUAUGCCAAAUCUUGAUGAGCUUCUGAAGGAUAUGCCUGCUCACAUUUUUGCUUCUGUGUGGUUUGAAUGGAAGAAGACAAAUUUCUAUUCUACUCAUUACAGUGAGCUUAUCCGCCUUGCUGCUCUGUACAAGUAUGGUGGGAUCUAUCUAGAUUCAGAUAUCAUCGUGUUGAAGCCGAUUUCUUUUCUUAAUAAUUCUGUUGGUAUGGAGGGUCAUGGUGCUGGAAGUGCUUUGAAUGGUGCUGUAAUGUCUUUUCCAAGACACAGUUUGUUCGUAAAGGAGUGUUUGGAAGAGUUCUACAUGACAUAUGAUGAUACCAGUUUGAGAGGGAAUGGUGCUGAUCUGUUGACGAGGGUUGCUCGAAAAUAUUUAGGAGAUGAGAAUAAAUCUGUUAAGCACUUGGAGUUGAAAGUAGAACCCUCUUAUAUCUUCUUCCCUGUUAGUUCUCAGAACAUAACAAGAUACUUCAUUUUGUGCUUGUGUACCUUACCUGAAUUAAACUGCAAACAGAUACUUCAUUGCACCGACGACAGAGACUGAGAAAGCUCAACAAGAUGUGCUGCUUGAAAAUAUCCUGCACAAUUCGUUGACAUUUCAUUUCUGGAACAGCGUGACAUUUUCUCUCAUCCCUGAACCAGAUAGCCUUGUCUCCAAGCUUUUGAAUUAUGCUUGUAUCCGAUGCUCGGAAUUACCGUGAAUGCCGACUUCCACCAAUUUUGUCUUGAGAUUCCAUUCAGAUUGCAGUCCAGAAGACAUCGGCAGGCUCUUGUUCUUGUAGUGGUACAAUUUUAUAGUAUGCUUGUUAAAUACUGGGUUGAAGUCUACUACUAAAAGAGAGCUAAGAUAUACUGAAAACUUUGUAAAGCAAAACUAGCGUUAUCUAAUGAUAUUCAUGUAUUACUAUAUUUAUAACUAACAGUACAGUAUUUAUUAGAGAUCACUGCACAGUUUUUGUGUAAUUGCAAUGAGUAUCUGAUACUUUUUAUUAGUCAGUGAAGAAACAGAGCAUGUUAUUAUUAA